AUGAGCGGGAUCCACCUCGACAGUGGCAAUGGUUCAAACCCACCGUCGAACAACAACGGACUGUCUGUCGAUUCAAUAACCCUGGGACAGCUCAAGAACUUUGGCGCAAAUGGGCAGCAAAAGCCAAAGCAAUCUUGGUACGACUUCAAGUAUGACGACGAGGACACAGUCAUGAACGAGAUCGAAGAGUUUUAUUCGUACAUUGAGAUGUCCCAAGUAGCUGAAAACCUCAAGGCAUGGGAAGGAUGCUUCCCUUCUGAAUGGACAAAAGCCCCUUUGAACCAACGCAGAUCGCAUGCCGAACGCCUCCUCGAAGGCUUGGAACACCGAGACGCAGAGAUACGCUUCACCAAUGCCCGCCGUCUAUUCUAUGUGCUGCAAGGAACGUUUGCGGAGACGGUAUCUCCGGAACACCAACUCCAUUGGAUAUUCGAAAAUGGCAAGCUAGUCAGGUCGGCGAACGGAAUUAGCAACGUCGUGGAGGCUCUCAAGAUCGCAGGGAGGAAACAUGACUUGUUGAGUAACCUGUCCGACCAAGACGCCGCCCACUUCCAUAUUUCGGUUCAAGACAAGACGGAUCUACUUGAGGAGGUAUUGACCGAAAUCUCGGUAUACCUUGGAAUGUUGUAUCAUCUCAUCGAGGUGUUCAAAGGCCAUGAGGACUUUGCCGACGAAUUGAUGAGUUUGGACCCGCCUCUACCGGUCUAUCUCUUCAAUUUGGUCGCUGGACUAAGGGACAAGAGCGCAAAGGGGUAUCCCAUCAAGAAACUUCUACUCGUUCUCUGGAAGACCCUUUUGGCAUGCUGGGGUGGCAUGAAAGACCACGAACGGGUGAAGAAAAUCGCACGCGAGUUAGCCGGUUUGCCCAACUCUGAAGGACCGGAUAAGAUCAAAUCCACCCCCUUGGACAUCGAACAAUUCCGACAAGAGACUGCCGUCAAGUACCCGACAUUCACACCCCCUCCCCACCCUCCCCCAUCACUAGCCGAAGCACCCAUCGCUAAAACCGGCAACCCUGCGCUCCUCACAAAGCGCCUGUCUGAAGCCUACUCCCCCAUCCCGAUUCGGCAUCAUUACCACCAUGACGAGCCUGAUCAUCUCCCUCACGGGCACCCCCACGCCCCUCCGCUAGGUCAGAGCAAUUCCUCUUACUUCCGGGGCGGCGCGGGUCCCAGCGGACCUCAACCACAGCCAGCCACACCCGCUCCCUCUCCCCCUCCUUCUCCCAAACCCAAGAAACAACAGUACCAAACCGACCAAAACCGACCAUUCUUGUUCCCCUUUUCCAAGCAUCGGUUCGGCAAAGAUGCGAAACUGGUACCGUUUGCGAUUGAAGAGGCGGAUAGGUUAUUCAAUAAACAUAUGUAUGUCAGUUUGGCCUUGACCCAGAUGUGGAGGACGAGGGAGGACUGUAUGAGCUUUGAGAGUGGGUUGGAGAGGAUGCCAGGGAGUGAUAAGGAGAGGAGUUCGACUUAUUUGGAUGACGAUGAGUCUGGGGAGCCACUUCCGGAUUUGAAACUUCUGGAUGAGAAGAUUGAAGAGGCAAUCGCCGCUAUUGCCAAGGCAGAGACCGGACCGGAGCGUCGAAAAGCUAUGGAGAGGAAGGAAGAUUUGCUACGACUCAAGAGAGUUGAACAAAUAUAUAGUUCUGUCCUCCCCGUUCUCUCUGGCUGGGUUCUUGUUCUCCUCAAACUCUUAUUGGCGACGGUUUCCCCCAAUGCCGGUGCCCUCCAACUCCCUCAGACGUCAACUUCGUCUGCCUUCCCUCCGCAGAACACUCCCGACCAAAUGCCCCCUCAGCCCCCUCCGACCUUGGACGAGAUUGAUGUCAUCCGCCAUCGAGAGAUUACUUCGAAGGCAGUUUCGGCGAUCUUGUUGUUGGUCUUGAAGUGGUUCAAGGUGUCUCACGUCAUGAAGUUCCACCACCUGGGCCAGCAUCUUUUGGACACCAACUGUUUGCUGCUCAUCUUGAAGAUGUUCGGCUUGCAAGAGGUCGCUCAAACAGUAAUAUCCAAGGCUGAUUCGCCAGAAAACAACUUCUUCCGGUACUGUCUAACCAAUCUCUCCAAGAACCCCCAGGUCCCCCGACCGGAAGACGAAAUGAUUAAACCUCCACGUCAAAUCGUCACCAAGGUCGUCACUUUGCCUAACGGUGAGAAACACGAAGAGGAGAUUGAGCAAGUCACCGAAUAUUCCUGGCGCAACUUCUUCUCUACGAUCAACUUCGCCAAGAUCAUGCAGAAGUUGUCGAAAGGAAGGUCUCACAGGAUAUGGAUGUUAGUGCAGUAUAAGAGUUCGGCUGUGUUGAAGCGAGUCCUUCGGGUCAACCACCCCCUACUCCAACUUCAUGUCUUGAAGCUCAUCAAGAGUCAGGUUCCCUUCUGUGGUCGUAAAUGGAGGCAAACUAACAUGAAGGUUAUCACCGCAAUUUACCUUAAUUGUAGACCCGAUCUGCGAGACGAGUGGCUAACGGGAACCGAGCCAGAUGAUGCUAGUGACGCUCAGGCCCAGGAGCACGCUCUUAGGCACCUUGUCAAAUUCUACAACAACAAACGCUACGGCCCCGUCCCAGCGAGCAACCAACAUGGUGGAAUGCACCGACGCACGGGCAGCACGUCCCACCACCUCGAAGGUCUCCAACCAGACCCCCAGCUCGCGAGCUUCAUCCGUCCACACCCCGGGACACCCAAUCUUGCCGACUCGGAUGUCUUCCCUCCCUCGCGUUCCCAAGCCCCCAACCCGUCCAUCUUCCUGCCCUACAUGACGGAAGAUAUCGCAUUUGAAGAGGAAUAUGAAGAAUAUCUCUCUGACCUCGGUCUGUCCGACGACCAGCAGUGCCAAGACGGCGGGGCGUUUGGAUUCGGACAGGGAAGUGGUGGGGGUGCAAGUGGGACCGGGGAGAGGACGGGCGGGGGCACAUCGGCAUGGCAUCGUCUCCCGGAGUACGUCGCUGAAAUUACGGAUAAUAUCAGUGACAGCGAGAGUAUUGCAUCUAUCGGCGACUUGGGAGAUGACUCGAGGUUGGACCCUUCCAAGGAUGAUCAAGAGACUGUGGACGAGAAUCUGAACAACUGGGAGCACAUGAGUCCGAAGACAAUGGCUGCCUUGCCCAAGUCCCCCGCUGGUAGGAGAAGGUCGAGCUCAGGAGGCGGCCUGAGGCCUGUCAUUCCCUUUGGAUUGGAUGAUAGCAACCCUGUUGAGGAUUUGGAAGAUGACGAUCUGGAAGAGUUGCCGAUCCAGAGAGACCAUACUGGACCGAGUGUCGACGAAGUUGAAUAUGCCUAUGGUGUUUAAUCCCUGUUUAGAAAGCCAUCUAGCGAGGGAACUGAGUAUAAUGACAUAAGUAGAAAGCUGGUCUGUCUUUCUUUCCGUUUUCCAAUAAUAUUGCUAUCGGAUUUUGUUAAA